CACCCAGAAGACAAUUUUUUCAUCUCUGUAUUAUUAUUCUCCUCAUAUUGCUGAUGUAAGCUUGAUACAUUUCUGUGUAGGCCUGUUGAAUACAGACAUUCAGUCCAACAGGCUUCAGUUUAUCUGCCAUGAAGAUUAUAUCUGAUCAAUUUUAAACCUUUGUUCAGAAAUUCCCCUCUUCGCUGCUGCAGAAGCCCCAUGAGGACUCAUGGGGCUUCUGCUGCUCUAAAAGGUCUAAAAUUCAAUCAUCUGAAAUUUAAAGCCUUACAAUGACUGAAAUAUAUGAAAACAUCACAUACUAGCUCUUAAAUAGGUUUAUGUAAGUCUUAAUUAUGUUAAUUUUCAUUAAAUGCUACUUCAGUCGUGCUUGAAAAUUCGGUUUUAGGAUAAAUGUUUAGGCUUGCGUGCACAGUUUGUAAUGUCUCUGUGUGUUUUAGUUAUUUCUCAGUGAUGUGGAUAUAAGCACACCAAUCUGACAGUAUCUCACUGCACUCAGCUUGACUGUGAAAGACUAUACCUACUGUCCCAGAAGGUAGUUUUUUAGACAAUGUAGUGUUUUGAAGGUUUAUCUAAUUUUCUUCUUCACCUUAUCUUUAACAGGGAAGUGUAACUAAUUCUGGGACUCUGAUAUACCUUCAUAUCUUUUGUACUUGACGUAGGACUUCAAUUUCAUUUAUUAUUCAUUCAUUAUGAAACCUGCAGAAACCCUGCCCUUAUGGGUGAAGUGUUAAAAUAACAGUUUAGCAUCUGUCCCUUAUAUGUCAAUUAUCUUUUUUAGGCUUAGGUCAAAAGGUUUUCUGACAUAUCCUGACAUUAAAACUGUUGCAGACCAGCUGAAGCUUUUACAUUUACUGUUUCUUAAUCUCUGGCUCUAGACUAAUUGUUGGUUUCAUAUAACCACUCUCUUGAAUGUGCGUCUUCACCCUCCUGAUCUCCUCAAAAGAACAUUGUGCUGCUGUGAUUUAUGAAUUGUGUGUGUAUUAUAAACUGCAGAUUUCUUAAAUUGGACCCUGCUCCCUGUUGGAGGACUUCUCCCGUUUUAGAUGCAUGUGAGUUCCCCUGGGAGAGUGAGUCAGGAACAGCACAGAAUUCUAAUAAAAUGUGGGUCAGUGUAAAAAAACGAAUUACACAACUCAUUUUAUUUCAGUGAAUCAAAUUCAGAUCCAGAGUUUAGCUUCUUACAUUAUUAAAAACUUCAAGUCUGUGUUUAAUAAUUUUUUAUUAAGUCAGUCCAUUAACUGACAUAAAUGAAAAAUGACUUAUGAUGGUUGGAUAUGAUGCAAGAUGAAAAGAUAGAGUAAUAAAUGGAAAUGCAUGUUUUUGUGCAGUUUAACAAAGAAACUGCUCAGUCAAAAUAUACAGUGUAAAUCACAAAGUCGUGUUUGUAUGCACAUUGUAAUGUGUCAUUUAAUAAAAUAUAUGCCAGGGAAAGAAAAAAAGAAAAUAUAUUUUGGUAUAAACUUAAAGGUUUGGAUUCAGUAAGUAUUUAAGAAGAAUUUGGUGCUAGCAGUUUUCGGUUAAUAUAAGUAUAAGUAAAAAACACAGUGUAAAUGCUCAGUGACAAGUAAGAGAUCUGUAAAAACAUCAUAGGUAAAAGUAUUCAUCCCUGUAAAAGUUAUAUUUUAUUGGACCUUAUUAUUCAUCCACAAAUGAACAAACAGCAUUGAUCUAAGUCCAAAAAGUGGAACUAAUUUAUACUUAAGAGUUACAGUUUACAGCACACCUCAUGUUUUGCAUGUACUAUAUUUAUCAGCAAAGUACUAUUACCUCAAACUUGUACUUAAAGAACUAGAUGAAGUGUGCCAUGGUACAAUGAAGCACUUGACAAAGAGUAGAACGAUACACUUUAAAUAAUACUUUACAUUCAAUAAACAAUUUCAAUCUCAAUUAAGAUUUUUUGUCAGUUUUGUGUUAUAUAUUUGUACAUAAUAUUACCUGGUGUGGCCAAACCAAAGGCCAACAUUUUCCUGUUCUAUAUUAGAUGCUGAUAUGAGCUGUUAAGGCCUUGACGGGAGUCUGUUGGGAUUCAUUACAAUUUUUUUAAAUGAUUUGCCAACACACCUCAUCGAGAUCAUCAAGAUCAACUUCGGUUGAAACCUUUACUUCCUACCCUCAUUCCUUUGGCCUGUCCUGAACAUGCUCUGAAGAAAUCCAGGUAUUUAUGACUUAAUCACACUGAGCUGCCAGAAAGGUUUGUCACAGACCUCUGCAAGAAAACUAUUCAACCUUUAGAAUAACACAGAGACCCCAGUGGAUUCCUUCAUGUUAAAGGUUAAACAUCCCAACACACUGUGCAGCUUCCUCCGCAGACAGAUGUUUUGAGCUGCAGCCUGUCAACAGGAUUCGAGCUGAGUUGUUUCAGAGGGGGAGUGGAGCCAGAGCUGAUCCACACCUCAGAGAUAGGUUCCAGCGUGUUCGGGCAAGACGCACUGCCUCACUCUGCGUUUCCUUCCUCCUUAUUCUGUACAGAAACCACAGAGCAGCUCUAAUUGCUACAAGUGCCGGGCAGUAUUUUUAGAAAAUAUGAGAAUGCAGGACGAGGCCAAGUGGGGCUCGGAAAAGAGACCACUCGGAGAGAUAAGCGAUCAGCCUCAGCCUCAAGAUGAGAGGAAAGCAGGGCAGAAGAGAACCUUCACCAGGUGGAUGAAUGGGUUUCUGCACAGAUGUGAUCCUCCGCUCGAGGUGCACGACCUGUUCGCAGACAUUCAAGAUGGCAGGAUACUCAUGGCCCUGCUGGAGGAGCUGACCGGGUGCAAACUGCUUUACAGGUUCAGGUCGUCUUCUCAACGCAUUUUCCGACUGAACAACAUUUCCAAGGCCCUGGCGUUCCUAGAUGAUAGACAUGUGAAGCUGCUUGGUGUUGACGCCUCUGGUGUUGCUGAUGGCAUCCCCUCUGUUGUUCUUAACCUUGUCUGGAUCAUCAUCCUGCACUUCCAGGUAAAGGAGGUGACCAGAGGCCUCCACACGCAUUUGUCUUCUAGCCUCUCUUCCUUAUCAGCGAGCGGUUACCCCUCAUCCAGUGACCUCGCUCUCCAGCCAAAUGACAUUGGCAGCUACUCGUGCAAAACCCUGCCAAGCAAAGGCAGAAAAGCUGCCAGGGCGCCAAAGUACCAUGGGAAAGCAAUCAAGUCUCUCCUGCAGUGGGUCCAAAGAUGCACAUCAAAGUUUGGGGUGGAGGUACAUGACUUCGGGAAGAGCUGGAGAAGUGGGCUCGCAUUCCUCGCUGUGAUUAAGUGCAUAGAGCCGGACUUGGUGGACCUGCGGGAGAGUCUGGCCAGGGAGCCAAGGGAAAACCUUCAGCAGGCCUUCACGAUAGCCCACCACAGCUUUGAUAUAACACCUCUACUGGAGCCUGAAGGUGUAAUGUGCCCCUCACCAGAUGAGCAGUCCAUCAUCACCUAUGUGUCUAUGUUCCUGGGGCAUUGUUCAGGCAAAGAUAAGGAUCAAACAACGGACAUUGGAGUUCCUGAUAUCCCAAAUUAUGGUUCCCUUGAGUCAGUGAGAUUCGGAGAGACCCUCGCUGACGACACAGAAGCCCAAGCUUUGCUCAGAGGUUCGGAGGAGAGCAGCGAGCAGCUUCUGUGGAAGCGGUGGGCCAGAAGAUCCCCGGGUGGCCCCCGUGCCACCUCGCUCCACUUGAAUGAUUCAGUUACAUCUCACCUCUCCUCCAGCGACGGAGACAUUGUUUCAUCCUGUUGUCGCCGAAGCAUCACUGAGCAGUCUGAAGGCAGUGCUGCCACCUCGCCAUUCAACAAAAAGAGAGGGCGGCAUAGAAGUGUUUUACAGCCACCCAGUCCUCUAGACGCAGGCGUAGUCAACCCAGCCAUUCGAUCCUGGAUGGAGAAAAGCUCGAAUCAGGUCCACGGCAAGUCGAGAGCGGAUGAGAGUCACUUUUCUUUGAGCUCAGAGGAGGGAAUCUACAGUUUGUCAGUGCUGGACUCAGAUGAGGAGGACGCCUACAGCUACAUCCUGGAUCUGAACAAAGAUGUUUUUCAAAGGGUCGAAGAGGAGACGGUGGAAGAAAUCGACGAGGAGUCAAAGCAUCUGGAAGCAUGUGACAUGUUCAAUGGUCAUGGAGGUUCUGUUGUACAAAAUGCAGGUUUUGAACAAGAAUCUGAAGACAGGUCUCGGUCAGUGGUUCACCGGGAGUUUGAUUUGGACGAAAAUGAAAGUAUGAGAUACAAUCGACCCGUGUUUGACAUGGAGCCAGAGGAUGGGAGCUUCAGAAAAGAGGAGCCUGAGGAGGAAGGAGUUGUUGGAGGACAGGUUCAUGAUUAUGGUGAGGAGGAGAGGGAGAAGGAGACAGAGGAUGUUAGAUUAGUGACACAUGGAUAUGAUAAAACAGAGGCUCUGAUAGAUGAGGCAGAGAUUUGCAAAAUGGCUCCGUUUGAGGAAGACACUGACGGAGGGCUUUCUGUAAAAGUGAGUGAGAAGAUGGAAGUAGACGAGGAGGAGAAAAGAGAAAGUUUAGCAUCAGUUCAGAAAGGGCAGGAUGGAAACUUAGGGAAAGACAAAGGGGAAGAGGGAAAUAUUAUGAAGGAAAAGAAAGGAAAUCAACACAGCGCUGUGACCUUAGUGGGUUUCGGGGUCGGAGUAAAUGAAAUAAUACUAACUAAUGAGGGUGUGAAUGAAAUCCGAGGUGUCAGUGCAGCUAGAAUUCACACACAAGAAGAAAAUGACAGGAAAGACUCUGGCCCCAAAAUGGAGGAUUUAAUCAAGAACUGCGAUGUAGAUAAAACGGAGGCAUCCACUGACAAAGACACAAAUUCAAUGGAUUCUGAGGCAGUUACAAGAGAAGAGGAAGACGACAGGGGACUGAAGAUGAAGAAAUACAAACUCACCGAUGAGAAGACAAUGACGAUAGAACCUCUGGGGGAAACUACUCCAAACAAUGACCCUGAUGGAAGUGUUAACAUUCAUGCUGGUGUUAGCAGUUGGACCUCUAACUCAUUCAGCGGCGAGGGAGGAUUCACUCUUCAGUCUUUAGCCGCCUCUUGUGACAUAACCCCAUUAGAGCUGGAAAUGCUCUUGGUCUUUUGGAUGCUGCUCUACUGCUGCUUCAUCCUACCUCAAAUGAACCUCGGAGCCCCCCUGCUGUAAACCCUCCUUAUUCAGAUAUGCUUAUUAGCCCAGUUUCCACUAAUGAGCCAAACAGGGACACUUAAGGCUGUGUUGACUCUUUAUCUGUGUCGCUAAAUUUCCCUCCAGGCAACAUUUAAUGAUUAUGUUUGCCUCUCUCUGCCAGCAGAUGUAAUUUGUCAUUGGGGCUAUAGUUUCAGAUAAACCGUAACACUGUUUUCUAUUGUUAAACAGAUUUUCAGCUGCCAGCUCCUACACUGCACACAUUAUUAUCCAAGUUUUGUGAGGUGUUUUUUUUGCUGAAUGCGUGUCCAAAAAGUGCUGUUGUUUAUCUGAUUUAUUUCUGUUGCAGAAAUAGUCCACAUGGUGGCAUUGCAGCAUCACAGCGGCAAGUGUCUGGCAUGACAGACUGUCUAUACAGCAUUCUGCCGCCUGCUGAGGGGUCCAUAGGGCCUGCUGUUUAAUUAGAAGCUGUAUCGACAUGGUGAGAUUAAGCUCAUAACAUUUAAUGAGCACUUUGACAUUUCCUAGACUCACUCGUUGUGUUAAAGCAAAAGUUUAUCCACAAUUUAGACGCGUCUCAUGACAUUUUAAUGACUGUAAGAAUAAUAAAGCAGACGUGUAAUA